AUGCUUCUACGACCAGCAUUGAUACGGCCGCUCGUGGCCCGAGACACGGCUUCGUUAUGCUCCCGUUGCAUGUUCAAGGUGAGCAUAGCUUCACGCAAAUUCGCAACAUCGACGUCUCGACGGUCUGGCACUAUUAGCGGGUCGCCAAAUACACCGAGACUAUUUCAGCAGAAAGAAUUCUUCCUCUCCUACAAUCCCUCGAAACGCAUGUUAAAGAAUGGAUUCUUUUCAUCCUAUCCAACCCGAGAUCAUACGGCGUCCCUCAGUACAGACAGCUCGGCCGUCAACACCCCCAUUACAACAGCAGCAGAACAGACACAAGAACUCCCUCACAGACGGCGGAAACGACUAAAAGAAGAACAAUCUGGCGACAAUGCCGCACCCGAGGAACAAUUGCCCUUGGACGCUUCAGCUCAACUAUCCGCCAUAUCCUCCUCCCUCCCCACCGCUUCCCUACGCCGAAAAUGUGCUGCAUAUCUUGCACUCGCCAAACCACGAUUGUCCGUUCUUAUCCUCCUUUCGACUACUUCUGCCUAUGGACUGUACCCUAUAACGACACUACUUGCCCUUGAUCCAUCCGUCGCUCAACUUCCGACCCUCUCAACCUCGACGCUCACAUUUCUGUACCUUACAGCAGGCACAUUCCUCUCCUCAGCCAGCGCCAAUGCAUUCAACAUGUUCUUCGAGCCCAAAUACGAUGCCCUCAUGUCGCGAACACGCAAUCGGCCGCUUGUGCGAGGGCUCGUUUCGACCCGUGGAGCUCUGAUUUUUGCCAUUGCUACCAGUCUCAUUGGCGUCGGAUUAUUGUACAUCGGCACAAACCCCACAGUCGCUGGUCUCUCAGCCGCCAACGUUGUGUUGUACGGCUUCAUAUACACGCCCAUGAAAAGGGUGCACGUCAUCAAUACCUGGAUCGGUGCCAUCGUCGGCGCAAUCCCGCCUAUGAUGGGCUGGGUAGCUGCGGCGGGUCAGACCGCUACAACGGGACAUGACACAUGGAGGGACAUGCUGUUCAGCGAAGAGAGCAUCGGUGGAUGGAUAUUAGCAUCGAUGCUGUUUGCUUGGCAGUUUCCUCAUUUCAAUUCCUUGUCGCACUUGAUUCGGUUUGAGUACAAAGCUGCAGGCCACCAGAUGAUGUGCUGGGUCAACCCGGCCAGGAACGCGCGUGUUGCGCUCAGGUAUUCGGUGUUAAUGUUCCCCAUCGCAUUCGGAUUCUGGUGGGCUGGUUACGUCAAUAACUGGUUCCUCGUCAGCAGCUCGCUGGCGAAUGGAUGGAUGCUCAAAGAGGCAUAUCGUUUCUGGAAGUACCAGGGCAGUAAAGGCAGUGCGCGAGGACUGUUCUGGGCGAGUGUUUGGCAGUUACCGAUUUUCCUGAUUGGCGGCCUUGCGACCAAAAAGGGGGUAUGGGAUGGAGUCUGGAGGCGGAUUUUUGGCGAGGAGGAUGAUGAGGAUGAUGAGCUGUAUGAGGAGGAGGAAGCCACCGUCCCGACUGCGAGGACGGGGAACAAUAGUAUUGUCUCACUGAAAGCGGCUCAGACAAGGGCAUAG